AUGUUAGCCCGUCAAUGUAAUAAAUUAAGGUCGUCUGUAAAGGUCAUAUCUUGUAGUAAAAUUGCGUAUAGUAAUAAAGUUAACCUACAGAAAUCAUGUUUUUUACUAGGCUCAUCAAAAAGGUUUUUAGGAAGUCAAAAUCCAAUAAGCAAAAGUGAGAUAUUUGUGUCUGCAGGACCCACAAAUAAAGAUGUAGGAGGAAAUAAAAGAAGUAGAAUAUCGUCUGUGGAACUGCUUGAAAAACUAAUAGCUGGAAUAUCAACAGACAUACACCAAAAAAAUAGGGUUUAUAAAAAUGAUUUCAUUAGAGUUUUAGAUAAAAUUAAAGAAACUAAUAUGUCAUCAAGAAAACAAGGGUUGCUACUAAUAAAAUGUUGCACAGAACUGAUGCCUGAUGAAAUGCCAUCAACCAGGAUGGCUUUAGUCCAAGACUUAUGGAAAGCUAUUGAACCUCAUACAACUUUUGAUGUUGAGCAUUACAAUGAAUUGCUGAGAGUAUACAUUGCAAACAAUAAAAAACUUGUAGUCAGUAAGUUUAUUGGUGAAAUGGGUUCUGUGAAACCUAAUUUGACUACAUUUGAACUGAUACUAAGGACUCUUGGAGAGGCCGGAGACAUCAACCAGUGUACCGAGGUGAUUUCUAAUAUGAAAGCCCAAGGACUGCCAGCCACAGAAAAUGUUUUUAACUCAUUAAUAAUUUGUCAUGGAAAAUCUGGGAAUUUAGAUAAUAUCCCUGAAAUAUUAACAAUGAUGAAAUCUCUGCAACUGGAUUACUCUGUUAAUACUUAUACAGCAAUCGCUAGAGCAUAUGGAUUUAAUAAAAAAAACACACAACUUAUAAAGGAAAUGAAUACAGCUAUCAAAAACGGAAUGAGUUUUGGGGAAGUCCACAUUAUGGAUAUAGUGAAAACCUUGGCAUUUGUUGGAAAUUAUGCUUCUAUACCAGAGGUACUUAAGUAUCUGCCCAGACAGAUUUUAGAGUCUCCAUCUAUUACUCCUAUAAUGCAGAGUGUGGCAACCCUACUAGUAUUUCAAAGUCAUCCGAUGGCAGCCCUGGAAAUUUACAAAAUAUUACCAUUACCUUCUUUCGGACCAAAGGAUGAUAUGGGGCUACAUGGAAGGAGUUUGGUUCGAGAUUGUGUUAAGGCUUCAACACCAUCCACCGUUAUAGCAUUAAUAUCACAAGAGCUUAUGUCGUCGGGUCGUAACCCUAUAGCUCUGCAGAACGCAGCCGAAGCAGCUUUGCAGUUAGGAAAAGUUCCUUUAGCUUUGGACUUGUUUACGCGAAUGAAGCAGUAUGGAAUGCCUGUUAGAUCACACUACUUCUGGCCCAUAUUGCUUCAAACAUCAAAAACUUAUGGGGAGAAAGGCGUAAUGAACACUUUAUCAACAAUGUCAGAAAUGGAUGUGAAACCGGACUAUGAGACUAUCAUGGACUAUACAUUGCCUUAUGUCAGUUUCACUUCACCACAAAACUUAAUGAAGAAGUUCCAAGAGGCAGGUUUAACAGUGACCAGUGUAUUAACACCUAUGAUGGUGACUUUACUAAAUACAGGGCAAGUUAGAGCCGCCAGUGAGAUAUGUGAAUUGUUUGAUGGGAAGGUAGAUGCAGAGUUAGUUAUUAAACCUUUAUUAAAAGGUUUCCUAAUAAGCUCUGAUAUGAAGUCUGUAAUACAUAUAUUAGAAGAUAUAACUGUUAAGGCUCUGGAUAAGAAAAAAGAUUGGGUUGGAAGGUUUUUGUGUGCUCUUAUAAAAAAUAAGAGAGUCAAAGAGGAUUUUCCCGACAUUCUGAGUAUUACUAAGGCGCUGCAAGGGAAAGGAAUUAAAAUAUCAACAUCAGCAGCCGACUAUUGCAUGUCUCGUAUACCGGAGCAUCCCAAGAAGGAACUCAUUGAGAGUUUUAAAGAGGCUCUGAUAAAUAUAACAGAUGAAAGAUUGGUCGAUGAAGGAGAGAUGUUCGUUCAACAGAUUCAGCAUCCGAAGCAAAUGAACGAAGAGGCCUUAUCUGCUCACCUGGUGGAGCUUGAAUCUAAGGGUAUGAACACACGGGGCGUCCUUCGGAAACUGUUACAGCAGUACUGUAGGAAUGGAAACCUGGCUGCCGCGAGGGAGAUUCUGGACAAGUGCGAGAGGGAGGGGGUGUUCCUAUCAGCUGGAAUGAAAGCAUCAAUAUUCGAUCUUCACGUGAAGCAGGGGGAAUUGGAUAUGGCUGAAUUGGUGCUAGCAGAUCUGAACAAAUCAUCACCAAAUUUUACUUUGGAUGAAUACAAAAUUAUAGACUUUGCGACCCUCAUGGUGUAUAGAAAGAAAAUCGACAAGGCAUUCGAGUUAAUUAAUGAACAGUCAAGAAAACGCCAUAUAACUGGUGGACGUAAUCUCUCAAUGAACUGUUGGCGGCUGAUGGACGCGGUAUCGGCUCAAGGCUCAGUGAAUGAGGCCAGGCGAAUGUUCAAUCUGCUUACUUCGCUACGUUACUGUAAACCCUCGAACACACUACUGGGACCACUAGUACGAGCUCAUCUGAAGAAUGGUAACUUAGAACAGGCAGUACAAGAAUUCGUAAGUCUGGCAGAAAAAUACAAAAAGACUCCCUUGAAACACGAAUUGCUCUGUAAAGUUUUGCUGGCUAUGAAUGAAGGAAAAUCUGAAGAAAGGUUCAUAAGUAACGAGCAAUCAAACGGAAAACUAAACAAAUUAGCUCAAACUAUACUCAAUGUGGACAGAGAAGUCCACGGGGCGAGUGAUGUUCAGGUAACUCUAAUAGCGGCGCUCGCGGAUGUGGGUUACAAGAUGACACUCCGAAAAAUAUUCUUAGACCCUACUACGAAGUUCCAUCCGGAUGCUUUGUUAAGACAUUGCGAGAGAUUCGCGGAUGAGAAAAAAAUACAUGCGUUGGAAGCCAUCGCUGAUACUUCCAAAGACUUGAGACAUAUCGAUAUAGAAGAGAUUUAUAACUUAAUCUUGGAUAUAUAUCAACGAGAAGAUAAUUGCAAGGACGCGUUAACACUAUUCUAUAAAAUGCAAGAAAACGACAUAGUACCCUCCAAAAAGUUCAUAGAUAAUAUUUGUUCGCUAUUUAAGUCCAAUAACAAACUCAUACCGCCCGAUGUAGCGCUUAUUAGAGACAAACUUACUAAAGGCUUCUCUAAGAAGGCAGUCUAG